AUGAGUGCUAAGAUUUAUGAGAAGAAAUCUUUCACUAAGGAAGAAUGGGCUGAACAGGUUGCAGCUUCCACGGCAGCUACGCUGGGCGAUAUGUCUGGUAGUGUCAAUGAUAUGACUUCAGGGAAACGUAAGGAGAAUGGGAGUACUUCAGCUGAACCUACGAUUCCGAAACUGUUAUUGAACUAUUUUGUUUGUAUGGCGUAUGAGGAAUCCAGUGUUCGUAUGGCCAGGGAACUUGGGUAUGUGAAAUCAAACAAGGACGUUCAGGAGUUCAAUGACCUUUAUAAGAUCAGGGAACGUGCGCACAUUAGUGAGCUUUUGAAAAGAGGCCAGGUCUCUGAAGCGAUGGAAGAGAUAAAUUCAAUUUUUGGUAUUGAAGUAUUGGAAUGCGGCGCAGCGGGAUCUUGGAAUGACCCAGGUAGUACCGCAGACGGUUCAAGUAAUGGGAAUACUGCCAAAUCUAACGGUAAGGAGGAUCUGCAUUUUAAAUUGCUGCUGUUGAACUUGAUCGAAAUGAUCCGCGCACAUGAUCAGCAGCGUUCGCAAAGGUCCGAUGGUGAUGAUUCUGACGACGACUUUGUCUUGAAGUUGAUCGAGUAUUCUCAGGAGAAACUGGCGUUGAAAGCUGCUUCCAACAAGAGUUAUAUGGCGGAAUUGGAGUUGGUAAUGACACUCUUGUUAUUCCCAAAGAAUGGCUCGUCAAAGGUAAAAUUACCAAAAAGUUUGAAGAACUUGUAUUCUCUUUCGUUGAGAUCCAACAUCGCAGACCUGGUUAAUCGUAAAUUGCUGAGAUGUCUACAUCCUCAAGUGGCGAACCACGCGAGCCAUAAUGCUAAAUUUCCGGAUCUGAUCGGCUUCAGCAACGGUAUUAUUGGUAAACAGUUCUCACAUUACAACGAAAUGCUCGUGGUUAGGCCCAAGGAAGAUAUUGCACAGAGUUUGAUAACUGAAAAAAUGGGGGAUCUGCGAGAGUCAGCCGAUAGUUACCUAAGGUCAUCUGUCACUUCGGUCAGUGAAGACUGGAGUCGGACCACUGAUUUGAUCAAAGAACAACAAAAAAAUGACUCUAAAAAUACAACCCAAUCCGCUGAUCAGUUCCCGAACGACGACUUUAACUUAUCAGAGUAUCAGUAUGAGGCCAAACUCGUUCAAAUCAUGAAAUUGUGGGCGUGGUGUGAAAAUCAAUUACAUAACAAUGAUAUAGGAGCUCCCCGAGUUGAGAGUAGCAUAUAG